AUUUUGAAAAUUCAUUUUCCAGAAGAAAAAAAAAACCGUUUGGUUUCCGGGAAAACUCUGGAUCAUCGUUCCGGUUAGGAUCCAGCGCAAUCUAUCCGUCAGCUCUGAGGAUUCUCUCGCCGAUCACGCUCAAAUCGUCACACCCCAAAAUCGAUUGAUUAACUUCGCCGCCGCGUCAGAGAAGAGCCCUAGAGAGAGCUCGUUUUCACGAAACUAGAGUUAUCUCUCGUCGUCUCCGACUCGCCUCCCUCCGAUGACCUCUCGCGGAGAGAGGGAAGGUAACAACACAGAUCAGGAAGGCGUUACAGGGAGGAAGCAGAAAGGAUGUCGCUGCAGGCAGUCUAAAUGCUUAAAGCUGUACUGUGACUGCUUUGCGUCAGGAGUGUUAUGUAACGACUGUGAUUGUGCUGCUUGUCACAACAACACUGACAACUCUUUUGCCAGAGAAGCAGCUGUUUUGAAUUUACUAGAUCGUAAUCCAAAUGCAUUCAAUGGAAAGCCUCCCAGCUUCCUAAUUAACAAGCAGGCUGCAACUGAUACUAAACUCGGACUGCUUUCGAGAGGCUGCAAAUGCAAAAGAACCAAGUGCCUGAAGAAGUACUGCGAAUGCUUUCAGGCUAAUGCUCUGUGCUCUGACAACUGUAAAUGCAUCAACUGCGAGAAUGUCAGUGCUCUAGGAGCUACUAACAGACACAACGUCGGCUUUAAUACUCCUGAUAAUUUGAUUUGUGCUCCUCAGAGUUCCCUACAGGUAUACCGGAGGAGAAGAAGAUACAGAGAGUUGUUACCUGAGUGGAAUUCGUGUCCAGCUCCUUUAAGUUCGAUGCCUGACAAUUACAUUCUUGAUUCUCUCGAGUCCCCUAUGUACAGCUCUCCUAAACUCCCUUACAAAAAGAAAAGGUCACGGCUAGGAUGUAACACUCCCAAACUUGUUCCAGACUUGGGGGAUCUAAGAUCGCUUCUCUUAGCAGCAUCUGAAUCUGCUACAGCCAAUGCAGGUUUACAAGACAAGAACAGGAUAUGCAUAAAGCCUGAUGACAAGGAGCUAUGGAAUGAGUCUGAGAGCGGUAUUGUGGAAGAAGAAGAUAUACAAUCCUGUGGAAGAUUGAUUCAACUGAUUGAUGCUCAAUACAAUGACGAGGUGGAUCCCCAAACCAAGACAAGAGAUAUAUACAUGGAGCAGGAAAGAGCAGUGCUUGAAACUUUCAGAGACUGCCUCCACAAGUACAUGAAGGUUGGAUUCAUGAAAGGUACUAACUACUACCACUUUUAGUUUCUAUUUUGUGACAAGCACAGAGACACAGAGUUGAACCGUUGAAUGAGAGAGACAAAUCAAGAAGUCUUAAACAUUAAACUCACAAAUCGAAACCACACAUUAAUAAUGGAACUACAAGAGCUAUCUCAUUCCCACAUAGCAACUUCCAUGAACCCAUCCUCAGUUGCACAUCCUCUGAACAUCCCAUUAGAGUUAAACCCACAAACCACCUCUCCUUUAUUCGACACGGCAAUGAGUCCAGCGAACCCUUCGUCGAGCCGAUGCUUGAUGACGUAAUCAACCGCUUCUUGUAGCCCAACUCCUUUGUACUCCAUAACAGCCGACACGUCACGCGCCAGCGUCGACCUUAUGAUGGCUUCCCCUUCUCCGGUGCACGACACUCCACAAAGCUCAGACGCAUACGUCCCCGCUCCUAUCAGCGGCGAGUCUCCUAUCCUUCCCAUCAUCUUGUUCAUCAGACCUCCCGUUGAUGUCCCGGCGGCGCAUCUUCCUUCUCUGUCCACCACCACGCAUCCUACUGUCUCCGGCGCGUAAAUGCUGAUCGGAAGUCCGUUCAUCUGGAGUGGACUGUCGUUUACGGCGGCGCCGGCGCAUCCUAUCAGUGGGACCCGG